UUGAAAACUGUAGUGGAAGCGGAUACAUCUCAAACUACACGUGAAUUAGCAACAAGGUUUGACGUUACUAUUCCAACAAUAUUGAACCAUUUGAAACAAAUCGGCAAAGUUAAGAAGCUGAAUAGAUGGGUUCCGCAUGAAUUAAACUAGCGUCAGAAGAGAAAUUGUCUCGAAGUUUGUCUUUCUUUGCUGUCAGAACAUAAAGGCGAAUCAUUUCUACAUCGUAUUGUUACGUGUGAUGAAAACUGGAUUCUUUUCGACAAUCGCAAGCAUUCGGUACAGUGGUUGGAUAAAGAUAAAGUGCCGAAACACAGUCUGAAUAUUCAUCAAGAAAAGCUAAUAAUGUCUAUUUGGUGGUCCAGCGCUGAUAUUAUCCACUACAGCUUCGUGAUACCUGAUCAAUCGAAUACAAUGGAUGUCUACUGCAACCAAUUGGACGAAAUGAUAAGGGAACUUGUGAUUAAGCAGCCGAGAUUGAUCAAUAGAGACAGGUCAAUCCUCUCGCAAGACAACGCUCGAUCAUAUGUCGCACAAACAACGCUGCUCAAACUACAGGAAUUGGACUUGGAAACUUGGAAACUCUCUGUUCUCACCCACCGUAUUCAUCAGAUCUUGCACCAACUGACUGACCACUUCUUGCCAGGAAAAAAAUAUUCAAUUCUCAACAAGCUGCGGAAAUCACCAUUCGCGAUUUCCUAGCCAUUCGUUUUCCAGGCUUCUUCGUUGCCGACAUAAACAAGCUACCGUUAAGAUGGCAAAACUGUGUUGAUAAUUUAGACGCGUACUUUGAUUAAUUGUACUGCUUCUUGUUUGAGAUAUGAUGAACCAAACUUUUAAUUCGAAAUCGGACAUCUCAUAUUUAAUGGCAUAUAAUAUAUGCAUAUUUACAUUUUGCAUCAGAAAGAAAUCACAUCAAUGUAUCAUUUUAUCGAAUAUGAUCUGCAAUAAUAGGUACAUGAAAGUACAAUUGUUGAUGUCUUCAUCAAGAAAAUUGCGUUGUAUAAAGAUAACAGUUUACACAAAUGUAAACCCUAGCAGGAUUUCGAAAAGAGACUUCAAGAGAUACAACAACGAAAAAACUAAUCGACACUUUACAUAAUGUUUUGAUAAAAUCUAAAGAUGACCAUACACAGGAUAAAGAUGAGUAACACGAUGAGGUGAAAAAGAUCGAUUGACAGUAAUGUGAUCAAAGAAAUAUCAGAUUUCUUGAAACAAUUUAAACAAACUGAUCAAAUUUUCUAAGUAAAAUGAAAAAUUGGCCUAAAACAAUUUGGUUUGACCAAACAAUAAAAUUUGUUUGAAAAUCGAACAAUAGUAUUUAUUGAUUGAAGCAUUAGUUUGUUUAAACCAUUCCAAUAGAUUCGAUAGACUUCUGUUGCAUUGAGAAAUAAGAAUUCAUCCGAUCUGACAUUGAAUUAUAUACAGGCAAUUUUGCGUGCGUAAUCAAUAUUGAAAAGACUUUAGACUUAUUGUAAGAGGACCUUAAUGUUUCGUGUGAACGUUUCAGCCUUUGCUGAAACACAAACAUCGGUGAUAUAUAAACAUAGAGCUUAUUCCGUAGAGAUUAUUCUGUAUAUUGAGAUUAUUCUGUAGGUUACUCAGUGAUAAGAUCUCUCGCAGAUUUUUCUCAGUGUCAAAUCUAAUACCUUGUCAAUCUCUUUUGAGAAAAUGAAACGUAGAUUUUUAAAUUGAUACGAAAUUAUUUAACUUUUUCAAAUAUAUACAUAAAUUGAUAAGAUGUGUUGGUGAUGUUCUCAUCUAUUUGUUUUUGUGCGAAUGUUUUGUGUUAUGAUGUAAGUGCGAGUAAAGUAACAGCAAACAGGAUAAUAUUUGCUCUUCCAGUUAUGAAGUAAUAAUUUCAUGUUUUUUUACAUCACUGAAGCAUAUAGCGCUUAUAUUGAAAAAUAAGCAAAAAUUAUUAGAAAUAUUGGAUCGGUGUUAUAUUUUCGAAGUAUUCCUGACUUUUUUUAAGUACAAAAAUGCUCGACGAACGUGCUCAAGCGAUCUCAUUCACGGAAUAUUAUUUCGCUUUGGUCGACGGCAUUCUUCCCGGUUUCCAAAAACAUCUUGCGAAAAAUGUGAUGCUUGACUGGUUUGGAAAGAAGAUCAACGGGAAGAAAAACGUAACCACUUUUAUCAAGUCUGAUAAAAUAAGGACUUUACACGUGUUCACAGAAAUUACGCCAGUCUCGGCUAUUGUUUGCGAUAAGAAGCAGCGCGAUCGAGGCCCGCGUUCUCUGCAUGGUAAACGAAAGGUCACCUUGGAUCAGGUGACUGGUAUCGAAAGAGUAAAUCCCGAAGCCGACACGAGGAAGCGAAAGAAGAUUCAAACGUUGAAACUGUACAACAAUGCCGUAAAAUAUCUCGAUAAGGUCAAAAUUAUCGAUCGUACGGUACGAAAGAAAAGCGAAGCAGACAUUGAGGCGGACGUUCGCAAGGUGAAUAAAGAAAACGAUCCGCCGGAUAAUCUCCACGAGCCCGAGAUUACGUCGGUCGUCAACGAAGAGAUCCAACGGAACAUUAAUGAGCCAAAAUUGGAAGAGGAAAUGGCAUCAACCGUCAAACCUAUCAAGAGAGAGCGCGGUCAAGGAGACCGGACUGUUCGCGCACAAACAGACACGAUUAAGUACAUAGUGGCGAACGGAGAAGUCAGAUUUACAGAAAGAGUCGUACAGGAAGAUCCCUGGUCAUAUCAUUGGACAUCGUUGAAGGUCAGCCACUGGGUACAUAAGUGUAAACUACAAAUCGCGUAUUCACAUCGUAACGGUGAUGAACAUUCGGGAGUUCAUUGUACGUUCGGACAUGCUCCUUUGACUAAAAAAUAUAAAACAUCCAAGACCGACAUGAAGACGCGACGUGACGCGUCGAUGCGAUCACAGAGCGAACGACCGACUCUAGAGGAAAUAAUCAAAACCAGCAACAGAUUGAUACCAGACGUGAACAAUUUCGGCGGUUACUUGAAGUCCUUAAACUAUGCGAGGGAUCGUAAUAAUUUUUUGAAAGAUUUCGAGGCCGAUGUAGCGAAGGAGAAUCCGGACGUAUGUUUGCCCAUCGUGCGUUACGUCGGAAAAAAGUUGAUUUUCACGUUCAAGGAUGACGCGUACAAAAAAAAAUUUACAAAAAAAAUGUGCGACGGUAAUUAUCGAAUUCACAGGAUCGUGUACGAAAAGGUAGAAAACGAAAAUCGUGCCGAGGUAAUUGCGACCGAAUAAGCGAAUGUCUUUUCCAGGCCGAUUAUUCGAUUAUCGCCCGAUAUAUAAAUCAAUCGUAUAGGUUUUUGUGAAAUUUUAAUUGUUUUUACAAGAGGAAACUAUAAUUAUUCACAUAAGAAUGUUGUCUGGAAUUUCAAACGAAUCUUAUAAUAUUAAUGUAUACGCAAAUGAGUACUUAAAACAUAUUUUAAAUAAUACAUCAUAAUUGCACAAUAAUUGCCGAAUUAAAUAUUUGCUCAAACGAAUUUUAUUGGUUCUGCCACUUUUUCUUUCAGUAUAUAGAGAGUUUCGCGCUUUUAAACAAGAAGCAAUCGCUGCUUCAUCGAGAGCGCGACUUUUUCCCCUCUUAAUUACGAAUUGCAUUAAAUACGGAAUAUAUUCCUUGAUAAAUAAUAUUGCCAAACCACAAAUCUUUUCGUUUCAUCUUGUGGCUUUUUAUCGACGUGUAUGUUGAAAUUAAUCUCUAUACAAGUGUGCUCUUGACUAACCUCGUAGUACGAGCGUCAACGCGAUUAUACGGGACGCGCGAGAAAUGCCUCAGCUCGACGAGAAUAUGGUAAAAGAUAGCGACAACCACGAUGAAGCAAUGGAGCAACGGGCUAAACGAUUCAAACCAACGAAAGAGUCAACUAUCAUGGACAUCGCGUCUUCUGUAGGUAGGUGUUGACGUAUAUAGAAUGUACAGUAGACAUUGAGGUUAAGUUAGGUUAAGACAGUUUCUACCGCCAAUUCACCGUCAGGCUAGGUUGGGAGUAGAGUUUCUGUCGAUAUAACAGGAGCGCUCCCAAUACGAAGUUUGUUCGUUUUAGCUAAACUGCCUGCAGGAAGUGUGCGAUAAAGCGUUGUUUUCAGCGGAAAUGUCAGUGUUCUAUUUUGAAGUAUAAUCCACAUAAGUGUAAUUUGUGAUCAAGCGUAAUUUUGUUCUUUUCCUUUCCUCCCGUAGAUCACAUAGCGAAGUCUGUCAAAUCUAUGAGCGGGCAUUACAGCGAGAUCUUGAGAAUAAACAAAGCGGUUGUUCUACAUCUGCGAAAUAUAGAGAAGCGCGAGGGGAAAUUAAAUAUAGAUUAAAUUACAUAUAUAAUAAGCUCCGUAUAUACAACCAUUUCGUAAUUUACACAUACACGCAGUAUGACUCGCGUGUAAUGUUAAAAAAGACUUAAUGAUACAGUAUGAAUGAAUUAUGAAUUAGUUACGAUAUAUGUACAAUUAAUAUGAAUAAAUUCAAUUAAGAUUUUUAUGUACAAUUACUCUUCACUUGAAUAUAUGCGACAUAA